ACGAACAGACCUAAUAUGUCACGGGACUGUUACGUCAAUGAAUCGUUGAUGAACAUACGAUUGCUGUAUGCGUACAAUUCACGAUCUAUCCACGUGUGAUUCGCAUUAAAUGAGUGGUAUUGAAGUGCUUGAUGAUAAUCGUUCGGUUGGAACCUGACUACUUGUGAUAACUACAUUGCAUGACAGUUGAAUUUCACGCGAGGGAACUGCCGCAGCAAGAUUUAUUUUGUCAACUUGAUAAACGGAAUUCAGCAAAUAUGAAUUCCUUACCAUCUACCUACGUCGAAGGUUUUCACGACCUUGAGGCAGUCAGAACUAUGGAAUACAAAAAGCUCGGGAAAACAGGUUUAAUGGUCAGCAAAUUGUCUUUCGGCAGCGGUCCUCUCGGUUAUCAUUAUGGCACUUAUGAUGAAGCAGACGCUAUCGAGGCAGUACGGCGAGCAAUAAAGCAAGGCGUCAACUUUAUUGACACGGCACCGUUUUACGGUCAAGGUCGAUCAGAAAAAACACUUGGCAAAGCGUUGAAAGGGAUUCCGCGACAUGCUUACUACAUUGCGACAAAAGUCGGCAGAUAUGAGUUAGAUUACGAGAACAUGUUUGACUUCACGGUCGAAAAAACCAGGAAGAGUUUCGAGAAAAGUUUGAAAUUACUUGGCGUGGAUUACAUCGACGUUAUUCAGGUAAGAGACAACGCGCGAUAUCAAAUCAAUCAAUUACGCAUAAAAAUUCAGAUAUGAGAAUGAGCCAAUUAA